AAUCUAAAUAUCAUGUCUCUGGUAUGGAGAACCUGCUCAUUUUCUGAAAACUGUAUACAUAGAGCGAAACAAACAAAAUUAAUACCUAUGCGUUGAAUUUUUGACGUGCAAAGGACGGACUGACAGAUGAAAAACCCACCCAGGAAGACAAGUGUGUGGUCUGCCAGCAUCCCGACUGCCCCGACCGGCGGAGGGCUGCCAAGGUGUGCCACCAUCCAGAUUGCCAGGACCUGAACAACAAGAGUCCGCUGAGCCUCUGCGAGUCAUGUGACACUCGCUGCCACCUGGAUGAUAUGGACAACCUGCACUUCGAGCGGCACCCUCGCUUCGACCUGCAGCCACACGGCUCCAUCCUGGCCCGGAACGUGUCCACUCGCUCCUGUCCCCCCACGCACCGGGCCGCCCUUCAACCUGGAAGACGAGGAGGAUGGAGGAAGUGACAGUGGGGACCGGAAAGUGGGUGGGAAGAAGAACAAGCCCCGGAGAUACCUCACAGAUGCGGAAACAAACCUCGAAUGUCUCAGUGGGUCGGCUGUUAACUCUCCUCUGGGUCUCUUACCUCCCCCUUCGCCCAGGACCCCCAAAAAAGAGUGCUUCAGCCUGAAAUUUGAUCUCAACGUGGACAUUGACCCUGAGGUUGUCCCGGCCAUGAAGAAAAAGACCCUGCAGGAGGUGCUGGGACCUGUUUUCGAGCGGAAGGGGAUCGAGCUGUCCCGCGUGGACCUGUUCGUGGACCAGUCCAACACCCCCCUCUCGCUCAACUUUGAGGCGUACCGAUUAGGAGGACAGUACCUAAAGGUGAAAGCGCGGCCAGGCGAGGAGCUGAAGGUGGAACAGGGGGUGAAGAACCUGCGUUCCCUCAGCCUGCCCAUUAUGAAGCCGUCAUCUUCGCAGAGCCCCUACAUCCUCACCCCCGGCAGCGAGAGGGUGGAGCACGGCUCUCUGGGACGCCACGAGGCCGCCGACCUGCUGGGUCAAGCAGCUCGGCGCACGAAAAACUUGCCAAUCUUCCUGGGCGUUGACAGCAUCCCGUACUCAGAUGCCGGGCCCCAGCUGCCCAUUGUUGGUACCCCCUCCCAGGAAAACCGAAAGAUUCGGACGACCAGCCGAAUCAGUGUCUUCUUCGGCUCCAACCAAGGCACGAAUACAACUGGCAAGGAGGUGGACCGAGUGGAGCAGCAGCUACAGAACAAGCUGCACUCCUACACACUGCUUGGCCUGCCCAAGGUGCCCCCCCAGCUCAUCUUUCACCGGGACUCUUGGGAAGAGGAAGGGGAGACCAACCUCUCCUUGGAGGACAGCUGGCAGCAGCUGCUGGAUAAGCCUGAGUCGCUGAGCAGGCGGCAGUUCCACCAGCAGGAGGCGAUCUGGGAGCUUCUGCAGACAGAGGCCACCUACAUCAAGAAGCUGAGGGUCAUCACCGAUCUUUUCUAUUGCUGCCUGCUGAACCUUCAGGAGAACAAAUUCCUCCUGGAGGUGGAUCCCAUGCGCCUCUUCAGCAACAUCCAGGACAUCAUACGGCUGCACACGGCACUGUGGGCCGAGGUCAUGUUGCCCGCCGUGGAAAAGGCGCGUCAGGCCCGUGCACUGCUGGACCCCGUACACCUGGAGGAGGGAUUCCGCACUAUCGACGUCCGAUUCAAGCCCUACAUCCAGUACUGCAUGGAGGAGGAGGCUUGCAUGGAGUACGUGAAGAGCCUGCUGAGGGACAACGCGCCCUUCAGGAUGUACGUGAUGUGGGCUGAGACGCACAAGCAGUGUAACCGACUGAAGCUGACUGACAUGGUGGUGAAGCCUCACCAGAGGCUGACCAAGUACCCCCUGCUGCUGAAGAGCGUGCUGAAGAAGACCGACGAUCCGGCCGGCCGUGAGGCCCUCAGCAGCAUGGUGGCCUCGGUCGAGGCCUUUAUCAUCAGCGUGGAUACUCAGAUGCAGCAGUGGCAGGAGCAUAAAAAACUGGCCUCCAUCUCGGGCCGCAUCGAGUCCUAUGAGGCCGUGGAUGGGGGGGGCGAGGAGGUUGAGAAGAUCCUGCGAGAGUACAACUGCUUCGACCUGAUGGCCCCCAUGAAGGGGACACCGCCAGGGGAGACGAGGCAGCUGCACAUGGAGGGACCGCUGCGCAUGAAGGAGGGGAAGGACAGCAGGAUGGAUGUUCACUGCUUCCUGUUCACCGACAUGCUGCUGAUCACCAAGCCAGUAAAGCGUGAGAAGGUUAAAGUCAUCCGCCAGCCCCUGUUCAUCCACAACGUGGUGUGUAAAGAGCUGAAGGACACUGGCUCCUUCCUCGUCAUCUACCUCAACGAGUUUGGUAACGCGGUGGCUGCCUACUCCUUCCAGGCCAACAGCACCACCCAGGGGCGGAGCUGGACGGACGCCAUCUGUAACGUCCGGAAGCAGCUCCAAAAGCUUCACUCCGAGGAGCUCCGGCGGAAACAGAGGCAAGUCGGCGGAGCAGCGGAGGAGGAGGAGGUGGAGGAAGAGAGCAGUAACUCCACAGCCAGCUCCCCCUCCCUGCGGCACAAAGACCAUCAGGCUGAAAGCCAAUCAGACGGCUCCACCGAGACCCUGUCCGUGGCGGUCAUGGAAGACGGUGGCGACUCAUCAUCGCAGGAAGCGAUCCCGAACAGCUCCGCAGACGAGGCCUCCCUCGUCGGGGUUGACGUAUGCAGCUCCGGAUCGAUGACCGUAGAGUCCCACCGCGAUGGACUGCAGACUGACAGCCUGGACGUGCCAGGGGCAGCGGAUCGCUCCAUGUCUUUAGACAGCGCCUAUGGCACGCUCUCGCCCGAGUCCCUGUUCCGUCAGCUGUCCCUGAGGGAGAAGCCUGGCCAGGGAGAGGAAGAUGCGGAAGAGGAGGAGGAGGACAUGGAGGGUGAGGCGGAGGAGGAGGAGGGCGAGGAGCAGGUGGAGGGGCCAGACGAGGAGGAUCCCACCCGCACGGGUUCCCAGCUCUCUGUCACCAACUCCAUCAAGCUGCGGCGCUGCGCACCAGUGCAGCACCACCAGCGCUGCCUACAGAACCUCGCCAUCAAGUGCCACUCCGAGGACAAUCUGCUGCAGCGGGUGCAGGGAGGCGUCGAGGCACGCUGCAACGCCAGCAACGUGAUGAGGACGCGGCUCGCCAACAGGAGGGCCGGCCUCAUCCACAGCAGAAGCUUGUCGCAGCUCAACAAGCAGGACUUCCCGUUCCAGGCUAAGCACGCAGACUCCGCUGACGACCUGUCCGCGAGAUGCGACAGCUCGGGCGCAUUAACAGACAAUUCGGAGUGCGCGGACUCUCAGCAGGUUCAGGGUGCCCUGACUGGGUCGGACGGCAAGAUAACGGCCUCCUUCUCCCUGGGGGAGUCGGCCGGGUCUGAGGAGCCUGGGGUGGCCAGGAGAUCGCCGACGCAGCAGCACAAGAAGCUGACUCUGGCCCAUCUCUACCGCAUACGCACCACCGUCAUGCUCAACUCCACUCUCUCGGCAUCGUAA